UCGUUGUAUUAAGUGUUAGUGCAGAUGAUUCUAUUGUUACUUCAACUUCAUUAUUCCCAACCUCGAGUGAUCCAGCCACUACAUACACCACUACUUUCACCUCCACUGAUAGUAAUGGAUAUGUUGCUACUGAUUCAGGAGUCGUUGUAUUAAGUGUUGGUGCAGAUGAUUCUAUUGUUACUUCAACUUCAUUAUUCCCAACCUCGAGUGAUCCAGCCACUACAUACACCACUACUUUCACCUCCACUGAUAGGAACGGAUAUGUUGCUACUGAUUCAGGAGUCGUUGUAUUAAGUGUUGGUGCAGAUGAUUCUAUUGUUACUUCAACUUCAUUAUUCCCAACCUCGAGUGAUCCAGCCACUACAUACACCACUACUUUUACCUCUACUGAUAGUAACGGAUAUGUUGCUACUGAUUCAGGAGUCGUUGUAUUAAGUGUCGGUUCUGAUGAUGUGAUUAAUACCAGUACUUCAUUAUUCCCAACCUCAAGUGAUCCAGCCACUACAUACACCACUACUUUUACCUCUACUGAUAGUAACGGAUAUGUUGCUACUGAUUCAGGAGUCGUUGUAUUAAGUGUUGGUGCAGAUGAUUCUAUUGUUACUUCAACUUCAUUAUUCCCAACCUCGAGUGAUCCAGCCACUACAUACUCCACUACGUUUACCUCCACUGAUAGUAACGGAUAUGUUGCUACUGAUUCAGGAGUCGUUGUAUUAAGUGUUGGUUCCGAUGAUGUGAUUAAUACCAGUACUUCAUUAUUCCCAACCUCGAGUGAUCCAGCCACUACAUACACCACUACUUUUACCUCCACUGAUAGUAACGGAUAUGUAGCUACUGAUUCAGGAGUCGUUGUAUUAAGUGUUGGUGCAGAUGAUUCUAUUGUUACUUCAACUUCAUUAUUCCCAACCUCAAGUGAUCCAGCCACUACAUACACCACUACUUUUACCUCUACUGAUAGUAACGGAUAUGUUGCUACUGAUUCAGGAGUCGUUGUAUUAAGUGUUGGUUCCGAUGAUGUGAUUAAUACCAGUACUUCAUUAUUCCCAACCUCAAGUGAUCCAGCCACCGCAUACACCACUACUUUUACCUCCACUGAUAGUAACGGAUAUGUUGCUACUGAUUCAGGAGUCGUUGUAUUAAGUGUUGGUUCCGAUGAUGUGAUUAAUACCAGUACUUCAUUAUUCCCAACCUCGAGUGAUCCAGCCACUACAUACACCACUACUUUCACCUCUACUGAUAGUAACGGAUAUGUUGCUACUGAUUCAGGAGUCGUUGUAUUAAGUGUUGGUGCAGAUGAUUCUAUUGUUACUUCAACUUCAUUAUUCCCAACCUCGAGUGAUCCAGCCACUACAUACACCUCUACUUUCACCUCUACUGAUAGUAACGGAUAUGUUGCUACUGAUUCAGGAGUCGUUGUAUUAAGUGUUGGUUCCGAUGAUGUGAUUAAUACCAGUACUUCAUUAUUCCCAACCUCGAGUGAUCCAGCCACUACAUACACCACUACUUUCACCUCCACUGAUAGUAAUGGAUAUGUUGCUACUGAUUCAGGAGUCGUUGUAUUAAGUGUUGGUGCAGAUGAUUCUAUUGUUACUUCAACUUCAUUAUUCCCAACCUCGAGUGAUCCAGCCACUACAUACACCACUACUUUCACCUCCACUGAUAGUAACGGAUAUGUUGCUACUGAUUCAGGAGUCGAUGUAUUAAGUGUUGGUGCAGAUGAUUCUAUUGUUACUUCAACUUCAUUAUUCCCAACCUCGAGUGAUCCAGCCACUACAUACACCACUACUUUCACCUCUACUGAUAGUAACGGAUAUGUUGCUACUGAUUCAGGAGUCGUUGUAUUAAGUGUCGGUUCCGAUGAUGUGAUUAAUACCAGUACUUCAUUAUUCCCAACCUCAAGUGAUCCAGCCACUACAUACACCUCUACUUUCACCUCUACUGAUAGUAACGGAUAUGUUGCUACUGAUUCAGGAGUCGUUGUAUUAAGUGUUGGUUCCGAUGAUGUGAUUAAUACCAGUACUUCAUUAUUCCCAACCUCGAGUGAUCCAGCCACUACAUACACCACUACUUUCACCUCCACUGAUAGUAAUGGAUAUGUUGCUACUGAUUCAGGAGUCGUUGUAUUAAGUGUUGGUGCAGAUGAUUCUAUUGUUACUUCAACUUCAUUAUUCCCAACCUCGAGUGAUCCAGCCACUACAUACACCACUACUUUCACCUCCACUGAUAGUAACGGAUAUGUUGCUACUGAUUCAGGAGUCGUUGUAUUAAGUGUUAGUGCAGAUGAUUCUAUUGUUACUUCAACUUCAUUAUUCCCAACCUCGAGUGAUCCAGCCACUACAUACACCACUACUUUCACCUCUACUGAUAGUAACGGAUAUGUUGCUACUGAUUCAGGAGUCGUUGUAUUAAGUGUCGGUUCCGAUGAUGUGAUUAAUACCAGUACUUCAUUAUUCCCAACCUCGAGUGAUCCAGCCACUACAUACACCUCUACUUUCACCUCCACUGAUAGUAAUGGAUAUGUUGCUACUGAUUCCGGAGUCGUUGUAUUAAGUGUUGGUUCCGAUGAUUCUAUUGUUACUUCAACUUCAUUAUUCCCAACCUCGAGUGAUCCAGCCACUACAUACUCCACUACGUUUACCUCCACUGAUAGUAACGGAUAUGUUGCUACUGAUUCAGGAGUCGUUGUAUUAAGUGUUGGUUCCGAUGAUGUGAUUAAUACCAGUACUUCAUUAUUCCCAACCUCGAGUGAUCCAGCCACUACAUACACCACUACGUUUACCUCCACUGAUAGUAACGGAUAUGUUGCUACUGAUUCAGGAGUCGUUGUAUUAAGUGUUGGUUCCGAUGAUGUGAUUAAUACCAGUACUUCAUUAUUCCCAACCUCAAGUGAUCCAGCCACUACAUACACCACUACUUUUACCUCUACUGAUAGUAACGGAUAUGUUGCUACUGAUUCAGGAGUCGUUGUAUUAAGUGUUGGUUCCGAUGAUGUGAUUAAUACCAGUACUUCAUUAUUCCCAACCUCGAGUGAUCCAGCCACUACAUACACCACUACUUUUACCUCUACUGAUAGUAACGGAUAUGUUGCUACUGAUUCAGGAGUCGUUGUAUUAAGUGUUGGUUCCGAUGAUGUGAUUAAUACCAGUACUUCAUUAUUCCCAACCUCGAGUGAUCCAGCCACUACAUACACCACUACUUUCACCUCUACUGAUAGUAACGGAUAUGUUGCUACUGAUUCAGGAGUCGUUGUAUUAAGUGUUGGUGCAGAUGAUUCUAUUGUUACUUCAACUUCAUUAUUCCCAACCUCGAGUGAUCCAGCCACUACAUACACCACUACUUUUACCUCUACUGAUAGUAACGGAUAUGUUGCUACUGAUUCAGGAGUCGUUGUAUUAAGUGUUGGUUCCGAUGAUUCUAUUGUUACUUCAACUUCAUUAUUCCCAACCUCGAGUGAUCCAGCCACUACAUAUACCACUACGUUUACCUCCACUGAUAGUAACGGAUAUGUUGCUACUGAUUCAGGAGUCGUUGUAUUAAGUGUUAGUGCAGAUGAUUCUAUUGUUACUUCAACUUCAUUAUUCCCAACCUCGAGUGAUCCAGCCACUACAUACACCACUACUUUCACCUCCACUGAUAGUAACGGAUAUGUAGCUACUGAUUCAGGAGUCGUUGUAUUAAGUGUCGGUUCCGAUGAUGUGAUUAAUACCAGUACUUCAUUAUUCCCAACCUCGAGUGAUCCAGCCACUACAUACACCACUACUUUUACCUCCACUGAUAGUAAUGGAUAUGUUGCUACUGAUUCAGGAGUCGUUGUAUUAAGUGUUGGUGCAGAUGAUUCUAUUGUUACUUCAACUUCAUUAUUCCCAACCUCGAGUGAUCCAGCCACUACAUACACCACUACUUUUACCUCUACUGAUAGUAACGGAUAUGUAGCUACUGAUUCAGGAGUCGUUGUAUUAAGUGUUGGUUCCGAUGAUGUGAUUAAUACCAGUACUUCAUUAUUCCCAACCUCAAGUGAUCCAGCCACCGCAUACACCACUACUUUUACCUCCACUGAUAGUAACGGAUAUGUUGCUACUGAUUCAGGAGUCGUUGUAUUAAGUGUUGGUUCCGAUGAUGUGAUUAAUACCAGUACUUCAUUAUUCCCAACCUCGAGUGAUCCAGCCACUACAUACACCACUACUUUCACCUCUACUGAUAGUAACGGAUAUGUUGCUACUGAUUCAGGAGUCGUUGUAUUAAGUGUUGGUGCAGAUGAUUCUAUUGUUACUUCAACUUCAUUAUUCCCAACCUCGAGUGAUCCAGCCACUACAUACACCACUACUUUUACCUCUACUGAUAGUAACGGAUAUGUUGCUACUGAUUCAGGAGUCGUUGUAUUAAGUGUUGGUGCAGAUGAUUCUAUUGUUACUUCAACUUCAUUAUUCCCAACCUCGAGUGAUCCAGCCACUACAUACACCACUACUUUUACCUCUACUGAUAGUAACGGAUAUGUAGCUACUGAUUCAGGAGUCGUUGUAUUAAGUGUUAGUGCAGAUGAUUCUAUUGUUACUUCAACUUCAUUAUUCCCAACCUCAAGUGAUCCAGCCACUACAUACACCACUACUUUCACCUCCACUGAUAGUAAUGCAUAUGUUGCUACUGAUUCAGGAGUCGUUGUAUUAAGUGUUGGUGCAGAUGAUUCUAUUGUUACUUCAACUUCAUUAUUCCCAACCUCGAGUGAUCCAGCCACUACAUACACCACUACGUUUACCUCUACUGAUAGUAACGGAUAUGUUGCUACUGAUUCAGGAGUCGUUGUAUUAAGUGUUGGUUCCGAUGAUGUGAUUAAUACCAGUACUUCAUUAUUCCCAACCUCGAGUGAUCCAGCCACUACAUACACCACUACUUUCACCUAUACUGAUAGUAACGGAUAUGUUGCUACUGAUUCAGGAGUCGUUGUAUUAAGUGUUGAUUCCGAUGAUGUGAUUAAUACCAGUACUUCAUUAUUCCCAACCUCGAGUGAUCCAGCCACUACAUACACCACUACUUUUACCUCUACUGAUAGUAACGGAUAUGUUGCUACUGAUUCAGGAGUCGUUGUAUUAAGUGUUGGUGCAGAUGAUUCUAUUGUUACUUCAACUUCAUUAUUCCCAACCUCGAGUGAUCCAGCCACUACAUACACCACUACUUUUACCUCUACUGAUAGUAACGGAUAUGUUGCUACUGAUUCAGGAGUCGUUGUAUUAAGUGUUGGUUCCGAUGAUUCUAUUGUUACUUCAACUUCAUUAUUCCCAACCUCGAGUGAUCCAGCCACUACAUACACCACUACGUUUACCUCCACUGAUAGUAACGGAUAUGUUGCUACUGAUUCAGGAGUCGUUGUAUUAAGUGUCGGUUCCGAUGAUGUGAUUAAUACCAGUACUUCAUUAUUCCCAACCUCGAGUGAUCCAGCCACUACAUACACCACUACUUUUACCUCCACUGAUAGUAAUGGAUAUGUUGCUACUGAUUCAGGAGUCGUUGUAUUAAGUGUUGGUUCCGAUGAUUCUAUUGUUACUUCAACUUCAUUAUUCCCAACCUCGAGUGAUCCAGCCACUACAUACACCACUACGUUUACCUCUACUGAUAGUAACGGAUAUGUAGCUACUGAUUCAGGAGUCGUUGUAUUAAGUGUUGGUUCCGAUGAUGUGAUUAAUAC